AUGUCAUCGGUGCUAAAAAGUCUACCAUCGAAAGGUAGAUUAGCACAAGCAAGGAAGCUUACUUCAGAAAUAUUUGAAGAGUAUUGGAAUCCAACCGCAAAAAGAAAUCCUGCAAAAAUUUUAAAGGCUCCAUUGAAAGGACCAGAAGUUAUAAAAUAUUAUGGUGAUAAUAAUGCAGUCCCAACAUUCAAAGAUUUCAAAAAGUGGUUUCCAGAAUUAAAAUUAGUUGAUCCAAGAGAGGCUCAUAGAACAUUUAUGGUUGAAGAUAGGAAAAGAAGAAAUAAAGGUGCUCCAAAGAAAAAGAAAGCAUAA